AUGCGUCUAUCAAAACCGACGCUAUAUCAAAAUAUACCAGUUUAUGCCGAAGACGAAUCUUCAUCAUCGGCAGCGGCAUUUCUUGCUGGUCAAUCACAUGAUAUAGCCAUUGGAAAUGAUCAUUCUGUUUUAAGUCAUUUACUUGUACUUCCCUAUAGUUUUGGCAAUGUAUUUUUGGGUGAAAUAUUUUCUGCAAUUGUUUCAUUACAUAACCAAAGUGAUCAAAUACUUCGAGAUGUUAUACUUAAAACAGAUAUUCAAACAGCUACACAACGUAUUACACUUAAUUCAAAUGAUCAAAAUGAUUCGAAUAAAUUUGAAUUAGCACCUGAUCAAAGUAUAUGUCGAGUUUUGCAACAUGAAGUUAAAGAACUUGGCAAUCAUUCUUUAGUAUGUACUGUGACAUGUGUCGAUCAGAAUGGCGAAAAAUGUAAUUUAAAAAAAGUUUUUAAACUGCCGGUCGGCAAACCAAUUGAUUUAAAAACAAAAUUUGUUUCAGGUGCAAAGCAUGAUGAAUAUUAUGUUGUUGCUGAUAUUCAAAAUCAGACUCAAUCGAUUUUAAAUAUGACAACUGUUGAAUUAGAACCAUCAAAUGCAUAUACUGUAAAAAGUUUAAGUAAUCUUCAUCAAGAAACUUCUGAACAUUCUGAAAGUUCUCUUUGUGAAGCAUGGCGUUUUAUACGUCCAAAUGAAAUAACCACAUAUAUGUUUUAUUUAAAACCACGACAUGAUAUUACUUUUGAACAACUACAUUCAACACCAACAUUAGGUAAACUUGAUAUUGUUUGGAUGUCUGGUUUGGGUGAACGUGGUCGUUUACAAACAAAUCAAUUACCAAAACCUACUCCAUCAAUAACAACAACAAAUCUUGGAUAUUUACCUGAUUUACGUUUAUUUUUAAUACGUGGUCAAGGUAAAUGUUAUGUUGAAGAAGCACAAAACUUUUCUAUUCGAAUUUUAAAUUGUACACAACGUACAAUGGAUUUAUCAUUAAGUUUUGAUAAUUCAUUUUCUAAACGUGAACAAUUUUCAUGGAUUGGUGUUGUUAGUAAACAAUUAGGAAAAUUAGAAGCUCAUCAAACAUAUGAUAUUGAAAUACAACUUGUGCCAUUAACAUGUGGAUUAAAACGUAUUGGUGGCUUAAAAUUAACUGAUUUAACAAUGAGACAUACAUAUGAUUUGGAAGAUUUUCAUCAUCUAUUUGUCUUACCUAAACUUCUGCUUUAA